AUGGAGCAAGUGGGAGGGAGUAGUUCUUCUUUCAAAUACCCAGUAUCAACACCACUUCGCCGAUUCGACACACCUAGCGACGAUGGAACCAACCCGAACCUCGGCCCGGCAGCCUCCCUUGGUUUAUCUAUAACACCGUCACCAGAACCUGGUGCCGAGCCCCCCUCAACUGGAGGUCGUAGGCGAAAAAACCAGAUACCGUAUUUCCACUCGCGAAGGGUUAGGGGACAAAUAGAGAAGCCUUGGCUUCAGAAUCAACACUGGAAGGAGAGAAUGACCAAUAUUCUCCCUGUCGUCGGUUUCGUAGUAGGUUUGGGGAUAUCUGGUCUUCUCGUAUGGGACGGAAUACGCUCCGUCGCCAAACAUAAUUACUGCUUAGUCUUUGAAGACAACUUCACUACAUUUAACGAUGCCGUAUGGACAAAAGAAGUCCAGGUCGGUGGCUUUGGCAACGGCGAAUUUGAACAGACAACCGGAGGAGAUGAAAAUGUCUACGUACACGGUGGUCGCCUCUUCAUCAAGCCGACUCUUCAAGAUGCCGACCUCAUCAACAACUUCAGUAUCAUCAACCUUUUAGAGGACGGAACCUGCACUUCCAAAGAGCCAUCCGAUUGCAUAGCCGUGACUAACUCAACAGCCGGCAACUCGUCCCUCGUGCCCCCUGUCAAAUCUGGCCGCAUCAAUACCAGAAAAGGAGCAACUAUCAAGUACGGCCGCGUCGAAGUCACCGCUAAACUCCCUCAGGGAGAUUGGCUCUGGCCGGCAAUCUGGAUGAUGCCCGCUCACGAUAUCUAUGGGCCCUGGCCGGCCGGCGGCGAGAUUGAUAUCAUGGAAAGCCGGGGAAACAAUCGGGAUUAUGCCCAAGGCGGUAACGAUAUAGUAUCGUCGGCUUUGCACUGGGGGCCAGAUCCUGACCACGAUGCGUGGUGGAAGACCAACGUGAAACGCCAGGCUUUGCAUACAACCUACUCUUCUGGCUUUAACACCUUCGGCCUCGAGUGGUCCCAGAACUACCUCUUCACUUACGUAAACUCGCGCCUCCUGCAGGUUCUCUACACCGACUUUAAAGAACCGCUCUGGGAGCGUGGUGGUUUCCCCGAAGCUACCUCCAACGGUACACGCCUAAAGAAUACAUGGUCGCCUACGGGACGCUUAAACACCCCCUUUGACCAAAGGUUCUACUUGAUAUUGAAUCUUGCCGUUGGUGGGACUAACGGUUGGUUUGAAAAUUCGCAAAGCGGGAAGCCUUGGAUCGACCAGAAUCCCUACGCGAAGCAGGAUUUCUGGAAUUCGCAGAAUGUGUGGUUACCAACUUGGACUAGCCCGGCGAUGGAAGUGAGCAAAGUUGCUAUGUGGCAACAGUGCGAUGGAAAUGAGGAAUUAUAG